CCUGAGUUAUUUCCGUGCAUCGGCUGGAUUGAGCGAUUAGGUCAGGUCAAAUGACACUGUGUUGGGUGGACAGAAGCCUCCUGUCUUGCUGCCUGGUUCACCAUGGCCUUGCUGCCUCGGAAGAAGAGGCGGAAAGAUCCAGCUCUUCCUGGUGCCUCAAACUCCAGGGAUGGGGAUGGCCCUGUCGUGGUGGCAAAGUUCUCUGAGGUUGGGAUAUUUUUGGUGGAGAGGAAAAUGGGCUCAAGUAGGAGAAACUUCCUCACACAGCUUGCUCAGAAAAAGGGUUUUCGUGUGGAGGAGCAGAUGAGUGAAUCCGUGACUCAUGUUGUCUCUGAGAAUAAUUCAGGUGAUGAAGUGUUCGAAUUGCUGGCGAAACAGAGUGGAAUUUGCAGAGCGGCCUUGGUAGAUAUGACAUGGUUCACUGAAAGUAUGGCAGCAGGCAAACCCUUGGAAAUAGAAAAUCGUCAUCGGCUUCAGGUGAACAGAACUGCUGAUUGUAGUGCCACUGAUAUUCCUGUUUCGCAGUACGCCUGUCAAAGAAGGACAACACUGAAUAAUAGAAAUAAUUUAUUUACGGAUGCUUUGAAGAUACUUGCAGAACAUGCAGAGUUAUGUGAAAAUGGAGGACGGAACCUGGCAUUCACAAGAGCAUCUUCUAUUCUAAAAUCAUUGCCAUAUCGUAUAACCAAAAUGGAUGAUCUCCAAGGAAUUCCCAGUCUUGGGGAACAUUCCAAAAAGGUGAUUAAGGAAAUCCUUGAAGAUGGAAACUGCAGGGAAGUUGAGAAGUUAAUCCAAAAUGAAAGAUAUCAAACACUAAAGCGAUUUACCAGCAUCUUUGGUGUUGGUGUGAAGACAGCUGAGAAGUGGUAUAGAGAGGGACUGCGAACGCUGCAUGAACUGAAAGCAUCAAAAAUAAAACUCACUAAAGAACAAGAAGCAGGCUUGCUCUAUUAUGAAGACCUCAUUGUCCCAGUCACAAUGGCUGAGGCAGAUUCAGUCAGGAAAAUUGUUGAAGAAACUGUACACAGAUUUCUACCUGCUGCAGUUAUCAAGUUAGCUGGUGGCUUUCGAAGAGGAAAGGAAUCUGGCCAUGAUGUUGACCUUCUGAUUACUCACCAGGAUGAAGGCAAGGAACAGGGUCUACUUCACCAAGUGAUUAAUUGGAUGGCUGCCCAGGGUAUGAUCUUGUAUGAUGACAUCACAGACAACAGGGACCAAAAGUGGAAGACCAAGGAGCCGGAGAUAUUUGAUCAUUUUGCAAAGUGUUAUUUAAUCUUCAAACUGCAGAAGGAUAUGGGAAAUGUUGUAGACCUGAACACGCCAGGUGAUCAUGACUCUUUGGCUGUGAAUGAGGCAAAGGAAAUGGGACUUGGUGGCCAAGCAGGAACAUGUGAGCGUGCAAGUUGUGCUGCAGUGAAGGAUAAAGACUGGAAGGCUAUCAGAGUGGAUCUGGUUGUUGCACCCUUCAGCCAGUAUGCCUAUGCCUUAUUAGGAUGGACAGGUUCUAGGUUGUUUGAACGAGACCUACGCAGAUACGCCAAGCACUUCAAGCACAUGAGUUUGAGCAGCCAUUCUUUGUUUGAUAAUGAACAGAAAAGGUUUUUGAUGGCUGCUACAGAAGAAGAGAUUUUUGCACAUUUAGGAUUGGAUUACAUACCACCUCAGGAAAGGAAUGCAUGAUGUGCUGAAUUCAACUCCUCAGACUAUGGGGAAGAAACAGUGAGGACAGCUUCAAUGAUCCUUCUCACAAAAUGUAUGUUGCACAUUUAUAACUGGAUAUCUAACACCACGUAAAAAAUUGGCCAUUUACCAGUGUUUGAUUUUGUUUGGCUAGCACGUAGCUCCUGUCUGAUUAUAUUGUAGAAUUGGUAAGUUCUGUGUUAAUCAAUGUUUCUGUUAUGCAUCCAUAUACUUAGCUGUUGGUUCAACUGAUGAAUUCUCUUUGAGUGAGAACCUCUGUCUUUAUGAGUCAGGAGGUUCUCACUUCACUGACUUGAGCACAGAAUCUUAGCUGAAACACAUGGAGGUGUUACACUGUCAGAGCUGCUAUUUUUUGAGAUGAGAAUUUAUGCAUCUGCCCUCUCAGGUGUAUGAUAAAAAUCUCCAAGUUUGAAAAAUAAGACAAGCCUUUCCUGGUGCUGUUGUCAAUCUUUGUCUGAAAUCAAGAAUGCUGAAUAAAAUCAACAUCUGAGCUUG